UGAAAGAUGAUGGAGGGAACUGGAUUGAAGAUGAGAAUAGGCUCAAAGGCCUCUCUGAGGUAUCUUUUAAGGAACUAUUUAGAGCUAGAAACCCAAUCCAGUUCAAUCACCUGUUGGAUGGCUUUCAAGAGAAAGUGUCAAAUGAGAUGAAUGAGGAGCUUUGUGUUCCGGUAACCAAUGAAGAUAUUAGGAAAGCGGUUUUUUCUUUGGGAGCUAGGAAAGCCCCAGGUCUAGAUGGAUUUUCUGGGAGGUUCUACCGGAGGUAUUGGGAUAUUAUUGGGGAGACACUUUGAAGAGAAGUUUUAGGGUUCUUUGAGACAGAGGUUAUGCCGGAGGGAUGGAAUGAUACCCAUAUUGUUAUGGUCCCUAAGGUUGACAACCCGGAAAGGAUCAACCAGUUCCGUCCUAUAAGCUGCUGUAAUUUUAUAUAUAAAAUCAUAUCAAAGAUUAAGGCCACCCGUCUCAAGAAAUGGACACCUGAUUUGGUCUCGGAGCUCCAAAUGGCAUUUACUGGGGGUAGGCUGAUUCAAGACAAUAUCAUCAUCGUGCACGAAGCACUCCACCACUUCAAAAAUCACAAACUGGAUCGUAGAAGAGAUAUGAUGUUGAAGUUGGAUAUGAAGAAGGCGUAUGAUAUGGUCGACUGGGAAUGUUUAGAAACCCUUCUGAUGAAAUAUGGUUUUGAUAACAAGUGGUGCAAAUGGGUUAGUGCAUGUAUCCGCUCAGUCAGGUUCUCUAUUCUUUUCAAUGGGGAAGCAACAGAUUUUUUCAGACCCUCACGUGGAAUCAGACAAGGAGACCCGCUAUCACCAUUCUUGUUUAUCCUCAUGUAUAAUGCCCUUACCUUCUUGAUUGAUAAGACAGUGGAAGAAAACCAUCUCAAGGGGAUUAGAUUGAACGCCAGAUGUCCAGUUCUAACCCACUGUCUUUUUGCUGAUGAUACAGUCAUUUUUGGAAAGGCAAACCUCCAGGGAGCGCAAAAAAUUCUAGAUCUGAUAGGGGAGUAUGGAGCGAUCACAGGACAAGAAGUGAAUAUCAGCAAAUCCUCAGUUUUCUUCAGUGCUAAUGUCCCGGAUGUCGAAAAAGCUGAUAUCAUUGCCCAUAUUGGAUUUGCUUCAUCAAACUGCCACUCGAAAUAUUUGGGGGUGCCAACGGAGUGGGGUAACUCGAAGAAAGAAACCUUCAACUUCCUUAUCCAAAGAAUGGAAAAGAUGGGGGAAGCUUGGAACAGUCUCCUGCUUUCCCAUGGGGGAAAAGAAGUCCUUCUCAAAGCUGUUAUCCAAGCUAUUCCGUCCUUCAUCAUGUAUCUUUUCUAUCUUCCAGUCUCAGUCACCAAGAAAAUGGACUCUCUUCUCAGUAACUUCUUUUGGUCGGGAUCUAUGAAAAAGAGUAGCCUUCACUGGUGUAAGAAAGAGAUUUUCUGUGCAGCUAAAUCGGAAGGGGGAUUGGGUUUUCGGAGUUUCAAGGACUUUAACAUGGCACUUUUGGCUAAGCAGGCGUGGAGACUCCUGACUUCCCCUGAGUCCCUGUGGAGUCGCCUUCUUAAAGGGCUUUACUUCCCUAUAAGUGAUUUUCUCCAAGCAAAAAAGGGGAGUAGACCCUCACGGAUUUGGGCUAGCCUCUGGGAGGCAAAGAAAGUCAUAAAUUUAGGAGCGGUCCGAGUAAUUGGCUCGGGAGAGGACAAUUGGUUGGAUCAAGAUCCAUGGAUUCCAGCUCUGCAAAAUUUUACAAUCAAGAGCGGCCCUCAAAACCAUGAAAAGGUGAAAGAGUAGAUUGAUCCAGAAGACAGAUGCUGGAACUUGGAUCUCAUCUAGGGCCAUGUCUCCAUCAUGGAAAUGGAAGCAAUUCUGAAGAUCCCCAUUGGAGAAGAAGAUGCUGAUGAUUUUUUGGCGUGGAAUUUCACGAAAGAGGGAAGUUUCUCAGUGAAAUCGACUUACCAUGCGAUUCAUCAAAAUGUUUCCAAUACCCAUCCUAAUGGGAACGCGGAGAAAUGGAAAUGGAUUUGGAGCCUUCACCUUCCUCCAAAGCUCAAAUUUUUUAUCUGGAGAUGCUCUAAGAAUGGGUUGGCAACAAAGGAGAGACUUCUUCAUCGAAAGUGUGCUCAAAACUCGACAUGCCAAGUAUGCCAAAACCUGAUUGAAUCCUUGCUCCAAUGCAUCUUCUAUUGCCCUCAUGCCAAUGCAGCGUGGAAUGCUAUCUUCCCUUCCCUCCCCUUACCUCCCCAGGGGACUUCCUUCUUGGACUGGUUCUGCUCCCUUAAAGAUGCAAUUUCGCCAAGCUCCUUGAUCCAGAUUGUCUUUCUUUGCUGGAAUAUUUGGAAGGCGAGAAAUGAAUGUUGUUUCAAGAAUACUGCCCUGUGGCCCCCGAAUGUGUGUAUGCAAGCCUAUAAAGAGCUCUUGGAAUGGAGUUCUUUUCCGAGGCCCCCCACUCACAUGCCACCCUCGUAUACCCAGCUCAGGGGAUCCCAUUCUCAGACAAAUCCACCGCCAAGUAAUCAUCCUUUGGUGAUUCACUGUGAUGGGUCGUUCAUAAGCGACUCCUAGCCGGCGGCAUAUGGUGUUGUGGUUGUUAACCACCAUGGACAAGUUUGUGAUGGGCGAGCUGAGACUCUUCUUUGUUCCACCCAGAUUGAAGCAGAAGCGAAGGCUCUUCUAGAAGUAGUUAAAUUAGCACAAGAAUAUGGUUCUGAAUGUCUGGUCCAGUCCGACUGCCAAGUGCUAGUGAGAGCGUUGUCUCAAAAUCAAGCAAAAUUGGCCAUGGCGGUGUGCGGCCUGGAUUGGCUCUAUUGUCACGAUUCUCAGGGCAAACGCAUUCAUCAAGGUUAAGGAGGUGUCAACAUCUCUUAAUGUCAGAGCUGAUUGGGUUGUGCGUUCGAAGGCGAGAGAGUCACUUCCUGACGACUGGAUUAAUAUUCUUGAUCUAAUUUCUUUUCUUCUUUAAGAAUGUAACCUGUUUCCGGUUUCUUUCCAUUGGUGGAAUAAAAGUUGAUUAAUCUU